AUGGCCCCGCGAUGCCUUCUGAUCGGCACGCCGUCGAUUGCGGCGCACCCAGAGCGACUUGACCAAGUUUACGAGAUCCACGAUCGCAACUCGACUGACCUGCAGAUGCUUGACCGUAUCGCCGCUGGUCUGGUCAAUCUCCCCGCAUCUACAUACGAUGUUGUUCUCCUCCUCGCCGACGCCGACGGUACCACGCGCGAAAGUCACAAGUUGCUGGCACGGGAUGUCAUGAACAAAGUAGUCGGCGCAUUGAAAGUGGGAGGUGUUCUUAAGAGCCAGGCAGGCCCCUUCCAAGGCGCAGAGAAGACAGAGGCUAUCCUGGCAGGACUCACGGAGACGGCCGACGGCAUGACCAAGCCCGAACAAGAGGAGCCGGUGUCGAUACCGCUGAAGUUCGGCAAGAAGGCAAAUGGCGCGAAUGGAACGAACGGAACAAAUGGCGCAAAUGGCACUGUCAACUCGGAUGGUUCAGUCCCGCUCAACCUUCGCAAGCGCAACCAGCCUGAGCCCGUCAAGCCAGCAGCAGGUGUGGGCUUCGUCGAUUUCAGCGAUGAUCUUGACGACCCGAUCAUCACAGGAGAAGAUGAUGACCUAAUUGACGAAGACGACCUCAUUACAGAGGCAGACAUGGCUCGUCCAGUUCUCCAACCACUCGAGUGCCAACCUAAGCCCGGCAAGCGACGACGCGCAUGUAAAGACUGCACCUGCGGCAUGAAGGAGAAACUCGAAGCCGAAGACGCCGCCAAACGUACUUCCGCCGAUAAAGCAUUGAACUCGCUCAAGUUGGAUGCCGACGACCUUGACGAGGUAGACUUUACAGUACAAGGAAAGGUUGGCAGCUGCGGAAACUGCGCACUGGGCGAUGCGUUCAGAUGUGACGGAUGCCCGUAUAUUGGUCUACCAGCGUUCAAGCCUGGUGAGGAAGUACGGUUGCUGAACAACGACAUUCAGUUGUAG